GUCGUUUUCGGAUUUUUUUUCUUUUAUUUACGUGGAAACCAAAAGGACGCUCCUGCGCAACGUGAAGAACGCAGAGUCAAGCUCCCCCAAAACCCUCUCUCUCUCUCUCUCUCUCUCUCUCUCUCUCUCUCUCACUGUUCAGAUCAUUCCUAGGGUUUCUCGUGAAUCCUGGAUCGAGCUCUACGCUAAUUGACCAGUGUUCAUCGGAGUCUCAGGCGUUCUUUUGAAUCCAGGAUCGAGCUCAACAGUGCUCAUCGGAGACUCGAGAGUGCUUCCAUCGCGAAAGGUGUCUCGGACCUUUCAGUGCAUUAGCUAUGGACGCUGAAUCGUUGUGGAGUGCUCGUUUGUCUGCCUCAAAGCGAUAUCAAUCUGCUCUUCUUUCGCGAUCUGAUAUGUUCAUGGGAUUUGAGGAAAUUGAUGGAGAUGAGGAACUGAGGGAGGAGUUUCCAUGCCCAUUCUGUACGGAGUAUUUUGAUAUAGUGGGAUUGUGCUGCCAUAUUGAUGACGAGCAUCCUGUGGAGGCAAAGAAUGGGGUGUGUCCAAUUUGUACAAUGAGAGUGGGGGUUGAUAUGGUUGCGCACAUAACACUGCAACAUGGAAAUAUUUUUAAGAUAUCCUUUUCCCCUGGGAUGCGUAAGAGAAAAUCACGUAAAGGUGGAUCUCAUUCAACGCUUUCCUUGUUGAGGAAGGAGCUGCGAGAAGGGAAUCUACAGUCCCUUUUUGGGGGAUCUUGUAUGGUUUCUUCAUCCAAUGCUGCACCUGAUCCAUUGUUGUCAUCAUUUAUUUUGCCUAUGGCCGAUUAUCCUGUCAGUGUUCAGCCUCAGUUUUUGCCUGAAACAGUCUCUGUCAAGAAACAGUCAGAUGAAAAUACGUCUGAAAGGCAUGUCCAGUCUUCUCCAAUGUCAACCAAGGAUAAGGAAGAGAAGACACGGAGGUGUGAGUUUGUUCACGGGCUGCUAUUGUCCACCAUUAUUGAUGAAAACUUAUCAUGAGGAUUGAUCAUAUGGUCGCUGCAAUUGUGGAGUAGCGUUUACAAUGAGAAGAGCCUUUGUAUUUAUGCUUGCUUUGUGGUGAACUGCCGUGUAUUAAGCAGAGUGAAAUAAUAAGAUGUAGGAAUAAUGUAAUUUAUGCUGCUUGUGGAAUGUUAUAGUUAGGCUUGGUUUCUGUUCAUUUUCAUGUAAUGUUCUAGUGGAAAAAGGUAUAAAAUACUUCGCUGUUCCUCUCCAUCUUA